UUUUUUUUGCCUUUUGCACGCCGUCGCGAGCGGCGCAAAAAGUAGCGCGCCGGACCGGGCAGCCGUCGCCGGGACACCGCGCGCCGCGCUCGUACAUCCCGCGGCCGGGGGCAGCGUCCUCGGCGCCGGACGCCGCGCGCCGGACGCCUAGCCGCCAUGCGGCGCCCGGAAGCGGAGGAGGAGGAGGCCGCGCCGGAGCAGGUCACGCUGAACGACCCCGUCGAGGACGUCGAGGCCUGCGCCGACUCGACGUACGGCCGCUGGGACGUGUGCUUCGUCCUCGCGGCGCCGGACUGGCACCGCGACGGCGACGCCGACGCCGAGGACGGCGGCGUCGCGCGCACGGCGCACGCCGGGGACACGGCGUCGCUCGUGGAGCGCGCCGACGGCGCGACGGCGGGCGCGCUCCAGCACCGGCCCAAGGCCUCGCUCACGCUCGACGACCUGCUCCUGCGGCUCACGGCGUCGGGCCUGGACCACUACUGCUACCGCAGCGUCCAGGGCGACGAGAUCUACGUCAAGGUCCGCGCGUCGCUCGGCCGCCUCGAGCAGCACGCCGAGGCGACGCGCGCGCGGUUCCGGCUGCACGCGGGCGUCGUCGAGCGGCGCGCGCGGCGGGGCUUCCCGCGCCAGGGCAUCCAGCCCAUCAUCAUCGGCGAGGAGUGCCGCGGCGUGAAGAUGGCGCGGUGGCGGCCCUACGAGCACCUCUACGCGAAGUACGACCGCGCGCCGGACCUCGCGGGCAUCUACGACGUGCCCCGCAGCGAGCAGGACACGGCCUGGCCCUUCUCGAGCAUGCAGCGCGUGAAGCUGAUCUGGGACCUGCUACACGCCAAGCGCAGCGACGGCGGCUGCGAGCUCGACGUGGCGACGCUGACGUACCACGGCGACGUCCUGGCCUUCCUGGCGCUCCACGACGCCGUGGAGAGGCACGAGCUGCACCGCGAGUUCUGCUACCACUCGGCGGGCCGGUCGCCGCUCGAGCUGCCCCUGGACCGGUACGCGGCGUACUUCGGCGAGAUGCACGGGCUCCGCAUGUACUUCACGGCGCACGUGACGACGUGGUACUACCCGCUGUCGAUCGCCGGACUCGCCGUCUUCCUGGAGCGGCGCAUCAAGCAGGAGAUGAGCACGCACGGCGUCAUCGGGUACUCGGCGGUGCUCGUCGUGUGGUCGGUCCUGGCGGUCGAGUACUGGGGCCACCGCCAGGCCGUGAUCUCCGUGCUCUGGGGCACGCGGGGGUUCGAGGAGCGGGAGAAGGCGCGGCCGCAGCACCGGGGCUACCUGGCGCGGUCGCCCGUCGACGGGCGGGACGAGAUCUGGUACCCGCCGCGCGAGCGGCGGUACAAGGUCUGGGCGUCGACGGCCAUCGUCUUCCUGAUGGUCGUGGCCAACCUGUUAUUCCUCUACCUGGUGUUUUGGUGCAAGGCGGAGCAGCCCGGCGCGCUCAAGUUCGUCGCGCACCAGCACUUCGUGCUGGCCACGGCGGUCGUGAACUCGAUCGGGAUCCAGGUCUUCAAGCUGGCCUUCACGCGCGUCGCCGAGUGGUGCACGAACCGCGAGAACUGGCGCACGGAGACGGAGCACCACGACGCGUUCACGCAGAAGCUCUUCUACUUCUUCCUCGUGAACUACUACGUGCCCCUCUUCUACCUGACCUUCAUCCAGUACUACGCGAACCCCUGGGUGUCCCAGCGCGAGGCGCGCGGCUGCACGGGCAAGCACGCCGGGGGGGGCAAGGACCCGCUGGACGGCGCCGCGGCGAACCCCUGCGACGACACGGUGGCCUCGCAGGUCCUCAAGGAGGUCUGGACGUCGCUGGCCAUCAUCCUGUCGACGGCCCUGUCCGGCAGCUUCGUGGGGCGGCUCAUCGCGCCGCUCGUCCAGGAGACGCUGCGGAAGAAGAAGGAGGGCGGCAUCUCCGUGGCCAUGUCCGUGCCCGAGCUCCAGUACAUCUUGAUGGAGUACGACGAACUGAAGCACACCACCGUCGACUACAUGCAGACGACGAUCCAGUACGGCUACAUCGUGCUGCUCAGCGCGGCGUUCCCGCUCGGGCCGUUCGUCGCGCUGCUGGUGAACAACGUGCAGGUGCGCACGGACUGCUACGCGUUCAUCCAUCUGUACAGGAGGGUCAUGCCCUCGUCGGCGGAGGACAUCGGCGUCUUCGAGAAGUUCUUCCAGAUGCUGAACGUCGCGGGCGUCGUGACGAACGCGGCGCUCUCCGUCUACGUGUCCAAGCCCUUCUCGGAGAACAAGGGCUGGUCGGACCACAACCGCCACAACCUCUUCAUCGUCGUCGUGACCGUCGGCCUCUCCUUCUACGCGUCCUGCCGGCUCCUGCUCGACGCGGUGCCGCCGUCCGUCGAGAUCCAGGUGAAGCGCCAGGAGUUCAUCGAGUCCAAGAUCGUCGACCGCGAGAAGGACUUCGACGUCCACGAGGACCUCAAGGUGGCCUCGAUCGACUACCGCGUGCACGCCAUGGACGACGGCGCGUACCACACGAACAUGCUCAUGUUCGACGAGGAGGACCACGCGCCGCCGCGGACGAGCCCCUCCGCCGUCGAGGACUAGUAGGCCCCGCGCCCCCCAGUAAUUCGCCUCUUUAAAAGUA